GAUCUAAUCUUUCAAAUCUCUGUGUUGAAAUCCCCUCACAAAAGAAGAAGAGAAUGGCAUCCAGAGAAAUGCUGAUCAUUAUCUCAGUCCUCGCAACUACAUUCAUCGGUCUAGCAGUAGCUACAGAUCAUACCAUUGGUGGUCCUAGAGGUUGGACCGUAGGAGCUAAUCUUAAAACUUGGGCUGCAGGACAAACAUUUGUUGUUGGAGACAAUCUUGUUUUCGCUUACCCUUCUGCAUUCCACGAUGUCGUUGAAGUCACAAAACCAGAAUACGAUAGCUGCCAAGCGGUUAAACCGCUUAUAACGUUUGCUAAUGGAAACUCCAUUGUUCCUCUCACCACUCCUGGAAAAAGGUACUUCAUUUGUGGCAUGCCGGGACACUGUACACAAGGGAUGAAACUAGAAGUAAACGUUGUCCCAGCCGCAAACGCAGCACCAACCGCACCGCUUCCAAACUCUGUCCCAUCAUUAAAUGCACCGUCACCUUCUUCUGCUUUACCUAUACAACCUUUGUUGCCUCUUAACCCCGUCCCUGUCCUCUCUCCUUCUCCUUCAACUCCCCUUCCUUCCUCCUCUCUCCCUCUUUUGCCGGCACAGUCACCGGCACUUUCUCCAGCGGCUACUUCUCUGCCUUUGUUUCCAGGUUCACCUGGUAGCUCGAGCAGUACCACCACCAAAACCGUCGGGAGCUUCCCUUCUAGUGCUACGGGCACGACGGAUAAUAUUGAUGGAGCAGGAGCUUCUCCCGGUGACUCCUCCGCGAAAAGCCUUGUUUUGGGAUUCGGAUUCAUGCUUGCUAUGAUGAUUCAUCUGUUCUAA